AUGGUCAAAAUACCGUACAGGGUAUUAGCCCCGGUGAAGCUACCGUUGUUCCUGCCGCGAUUGCUGCUGUUCGUGCCGCUGCUACUGCUGCUGCUGCUGCUGCUGCUGGUGUCCAGUGAGGUGUGUAAUGCAGCGAAUGCUCAGAAUUACAACGCUCCCUCGAAGGCCGUAAGCGAGCAGUUGGUGGGCGCCAUUAAUGAUCUAGCCCAAACGCUUGGGCAGCAGCUCGGGACGUCCAGCAGCUCCCGGACGGAGAUUUUCUCACCAGUCAGCAUCGGCAGCAUGAUGUUCUUGCUGCUUCGUGCGGCGAACCGUGAAACGCGCAACGAACUGCUGGACAUUCUACGCCUCCAACACUUCCGGCAACCGGGCACGGGAAACAUUCCGAAGAAUUUCGCCCGCUUGCUGAAGGAAUUCACGCACGACAUCGCCGGAAAGGGCAUUCUCGAGGAGCUACCGGGAUGGCAAAGUUCGCGUAGCUGCUACCCCACACCGGACGGGGCCGAUUACGAGGAUGACGACGAUGAUAGGUUCCUCGACGAACCGAUCCAGGCCAAUGUGAUACAGCUUGCGAAUGCGAUUUUUCUCCAGCACGGCUUGAUAAACAGCACAAACUUUGUGAAGCUGGCGCGGGAACUUUAUCAGGCGCAAAUUGAGCAGGUUGACUUCAGGGAACAACCUGAAGCAGCCCGGACCAUCAUUAACCGGUGGGUGAACGAAAGCACCCGUGGACGGAUCGAGCAGAUCCUGUCAGAAGAGCUGGACACCAACACACAGAUGGUCGCUGCCAAUGCGCUCUACUUUAAGGCUACCUGGGAGACGUUUUUCAAUGAGCCACAGUUCACCCGACCGCAGCCAUUUUUUCCCGAUGGUGAGGAUCAACCCUCCGUGAUGGUACCGACCAUGUUCUCUGGUGGUUGCUACCCGUACUAUUCCUCUCCCGAGCUGGAUGCACGCAUUAUGGCGUUUCCGUAUCGCAAUCGAACCACCUCGAUGUACGUGAUCCUACCGAAUGUGUCGGAUCGGACCAAGUUGCGGCAGCUACAGGCGAGGCUCAAUUCGGCCGGACUUGAUCGGUUGAUCGGACAGAUGCGACUGCAGAAGGCUAUUGUGCAGUUUCCGCGCAUGCACGUUAGCAACACGUACGAUUUGAAGCAAGCGUUGCAAAGUCUCGGACUGAGAUCGCUUUUCGACAGAAACAAAAACAACCUGAAACUAGCGAUGCCGGGCAGGAGUAAGUCUCGAUCGACAAAGCUGUUCAUCAGCGAGAUGGUGCACAAGAUCGACCUUUCGAUCAACGAGCGGGGUACCGAAGGAGGAGCUGUGACGAUCACCGCUAUGGAGCGAUCUUUGCCUCCAGUGAACUUUCGCGUUAGAGGACCAUUUUUGCUAGCCAUACGACAUGAUCCGACGAAAAUGUUACUGUUUUAUGGGGCGGUAUUCGAUCCUUCGUAAAGGGUUGAAAUGAUAUUGUAUUUUUUGUCUGUGCCGGCUGCCGUUUUCUUGCCCUACUACUGCACUUAUACUUUGCCCAAUGCAAUUGAUGUCCUCGAUGAUUGCACGCAUU